UUGUCAAAGUCAAUAACGUGAUUAACGUCAACCCUGAUCAAGUCAACAAAACAAUUUUUGAUUUGGUGCAGUUAUUGUUUUAGAAUAAUAACUGUUCAUCGCUUCUUGUUCGCUUCCUUGCUGGUCAGUGCAUACUGUGCAUAUUGUAGUGUAUCAGUGCUCUUCAGCUUGUACCGAGCUUCAUAUUUUUGAUCAACAUUUUGUCAGCACAGUUUGUUGCACAAUAUUGCGUUUGUUUAUUCUUGUUCUGGUGUAAAAGUUCUAAAUCAUAACACAACGAUGAGUGCUCAAGCUGAACAAUCAACGUCGGCCCCCAAAGAGCUGUCGUUUGCUGAGAAACAAGCGGAACGCAUGAAAAGACUGCGAUCACUUCACUCUGCUAGAAACGAAGCGAGAACACACAACCACCAAGAAGUGGUUGCUGAGGAGGCUCGGAACAAGCUGCCGCCGAACUACGAGGCCAAGCGACGACAAGCUGAAUGGCUGCUCGACGACCAAGCAAAGCGUCAAGACGCAGAGAAAGCAGGGAAAGAUUACGACAGAGUGAAGCUAUUAAACAUAUCAGCAGUAGAGGCUGAGCGACUCGAACGUAAAAAGAAGAAGAAGAAUCCUGAUGAAGGAUUCUCCACAUAUGAACAAGCUACGGUGAGGCAAUACAACAGGCUGGUUAAAAAUAUGCCGGCAGCUGAUAUGGAACAGUACGAGAAACAGAAACAGAAGUAUGGCGAUGCUUUCUAUGGUGGCCCUAAUGUUAUCAUUCAUGGGAUGCAUGAGGAUCGGAGAGAAGCUGUUGACAAGAUGGUUGAUGACCUGGAAGGCCAGAUUGCCAAGAGAGCUCGCUACUCUAGGAGACGCACACACAAUGACGAUGCAGACAUUGAUUACAUCAAUGAUAGAAACGCCAAGUUCAACAAGAAACUGGAGAGAUUUUACGGAGAGCAUACAGCUGAAAUUAAACAGAAUUUGGAGCGUGGUACUGCCAUUUAAUGAAAAAUAGACUUUAAAUAUAGAAAAGUGUUGGCUCUCUUCCUAGUAAUGACUGUUGUAAGAUAUAAAAGCAAGUUAUUGUAUACUUGGCUUGAAAAACUUCAUUAAGGUGUAGAUCUUAGUGUUUUAAGAGAACAGAGAACUUCUGCGAAGUUUAUGUGGACAUAAAAGUCUAAUAUUUGAUAAGACUAAUGUUUUUUUUUGGCGUACUCAUGUUAUUAUUUGAUGAGGAACAACACUACCGUGUAAGUAGGUUGUAUGUUAAGCUUCUUAACAUACUAUUGUAAGGAUAAAUCGUAGUGAGAUACAGAUUGUUUCAAGUUUGUAACUGACUAUAUCGGGAGGAUUUUCAAGAACAUUUGUAUAAUUCUUAAAGCUGUGUAAUUUUCUUUUUACAAAGACCUUGUACUAGUUCACUUCAAACUUGACUGUUAUUACUAUGUACUUUCUAAGAUUAUUUAGAUACCACUGAGAACUGUUGAAGGAAAACAUUGUGAGGAAACCUGAGCUUCUAAUUUCUGAUUAUAAGCUUGAUAUUGCCAACCCGCAUUGAGCAAGCGUGUUGAUGAGUGCUCAAACCUUCUUCGUACGAGAACAGGCUUUGGUCAACAGUGGCUACUAAUUAUGUUGUUGAUGUGAUGUAUGAUGUAAAAGACUUAGUAUACAACUUAAGUUCAAUAACACUGUGCCUAAAUAAGUUUAGAAUGAAGGAAACAAUUUUAUUCACAUAUUAAAAUAAGUGUUACCUAUAUAUGAUAUAAAAUGUUAUGUAAAUAUACUAUGUAUAUGAAGCAUUAAAAACUUUUUACUGCCA